AUGGAAAAUUAUACAGCUGGGAAGGUCCUUGAUUCGCAGGCUCCCUUUGAUGUUUCGAAGGUCGCAGGGAAGACGGCUAUCAUCACCGGCGGCGCGAGUGGUAUCGGAGAGGCAUACACCAAAUUACUCACUCAAGCGGGUGCCUAUGUUGUGAUCGCCGAUCUUAACCCCGAAACUGGAAACAAGCUGGCUUCGGAACUUGAAAGGACUAAAUUUGUCAAAUGCGAUGUCACAAAGUGGGAAGACCAGGUGAACCUGUUCAAGGAAGCCGUCAAAUUCUCUCCCACAGGACGAAUUAGCAUAGUCGCAGCAAAUGCAGGCCUCGGAGGUACCAACGACUCAGUCUGGCCACCUGAGUUGGAUGCCGAUGAGCCCACCAAGCCCGCUCUCAGAAUCCUGGACGUCAAUUUGACUGGAGUGAUCUAUACCACCAAACUGGCAAUAUUCCAUUUCAGACGCCAAUGGGUAGCCGAGCCAGCUGCGAAACAUGAAACCUCUCUCGUCAUCGGGGGCUCCCUGGCCGGAUACUCGGAUAUGCCUCACUUGAUUGAGUAUUCCACGUCCAAGUUUGGUAUUCGCGGCAUGAUGCGAUCACUCAGACGCACGGAAUGGAGAUUCGGCACCCGCGUCAACUAUAUCGCUCCCUGGUUCAUCAAAACCCCAAUGAUGUCGAAUCCCGAAGCGCUGGGAGACGUCGAGUUUGCUGAAGUCAGCGAUGCCGCGGAUGCUUUUAUGCAUAUUGUCAGUGAUUCUGAUGUCGCAGGGCGAGCUAUUUCUAUUGUUCCUCGAUCCAUCUCGCCUCGCGGCUACAUAGACUUGAAGACGGACGAUGAUGAUUCCGAGGUUCUGACCAGACUGGAGAAAGGACUGUCAAAUUCUAUCUUCAGAAGAUGA